AUGAACUUCGAUCUUCCCGGGUCUUUUCCUUCAGAAUCUGUAGCUCCUAAUAUACAAUAUCCUACACCGGGAUCUGCUGUGGAGCAGUCGGACAAUAUGCUAGACUUCCAGAUAUUAGAAAGUUUCCAGCUACCCCCACGGCAUGACAUUACUCAGCUUGCCAAGCUCUUCUUCGAGCACCUUUACCACGUGUUUCCUUGUUUUCACAAGAAAAGUUUCCUAGCGAAGUUGGAGGGUGGUGACUUGGAGAAAGAUGCACCGCUUCUUCUGUAUGCCAUCUGCUGUGUGGCGGCCAGAUACCACCCAGAACAGUCCAUUCGGAAGCGCUCGAAAGAUUGGUACGAGCAAGCACGCUUCUCUUACGAGCUCACCCGACGCAGACCGCAUCCUCCUCUGCGCACAGUCCAAGCCGUAUUACUUCUUGUGUUUCAAGCUUUGACCAUCGGUGAUUACUCCGCUAGCUGGCUUUUCCUAGGAAAAGCCUGGAGGCAGGCAGUCGUGCUCGGCCUAAACCGCAUGGAUGCUAGCGACCACCUCUCGGAUGCAAGGGUCGACAAUGAAAACUCAUGUGCUUUUGGUAAAGCAGACGCUCACUCAACAGUCGAGCGAGAAGAAUACCGACGAGCACUCUGGUUGCUGUUCAUGAUGGAUCGAAUGCAUGCAUGGCCAACAGGCUGGCCCAACGCGAUACCAGAGAUACAGUUCAAGGUCGAUAUGCCGGUCGCCGAUACGCUGUUCCAGAAUAUGGACCCAGAUUUGAGAGAAAGCUCUUCCAAUAACCUGCCAUUUACGAGGAGUUUGCCACGCCUCAUAGACUCUGCGUCAGCUACAAAGGGACCACUAAACGUAUUCCACUAUGUGAUCGUCGCACACAUCCUGCUCGGCCGGGUCUCUGAACUAGUAUAUUCUCUACAUAACGCUUCAGAUAGCCUGGAAUAUGCUGAAGACUGCAUUGAGCUGGACAACAUGAUCGUGAAGUUUCGACUCAGUCUUCCACGUCCAGCAAGUUCGAUUCUUGAAGCGCCGCCAGCUGACCGUGGUCAUGUCGCGUGGCUACAUGUCAUUCUCAACACCAUGACCAUUCUACUUCACUAUCGAUCCAACAAAAACGUACCAGUCCAGGACGCAGUGUCACAGUUCACACUUGCUGUAAUAGCAGCUCGUAAUAUUGCACAAAUCAUCAAAGAUGCGUCACGCAUAUCCAUCGACCUUCUACUCUCCGCGCACAUCGGAUCGUCACUUUAUGUUGCAGCCUGUGUCCUCGUUAUUCAGUGGCGUCUGACUGGCGAUAGCAGCUUUAAAGAAGACGUAGAUUUGUUCACACUUGUGUUCGAGCGCAUGGAUGAAGUGUCCAGCUUUCUAGGUCUGAAGUUCAAGAUAGCACUGGAGCAUGACCUGCAGAAAAGCCUGGAAGACCUUCAGAGUCUACGGGAGCGCGGCUUCAAGGGUAUGAUAGCUGACUGCACAAAGUGGGAUCACGUCAAGAAAGAGGUUGAGAGAAGAGGCAUCGAAGUCGAUCUUUCAUGA